UCAUUACUUGGUCUAUUAGGUGUAGAAAUUCGUUCUCUCACAGUAGGGGGACGAACGUUCACUGUGUUCACAGCAACACGAGUAGGAAAUCAAGAUUUUUUGUUGAAUAUUGAUAGCGUGAAAUACAGGAGAAUUCGGUUAGGACAAAAACGACAGUGUUUAUUUCUCAGUUGUUUUGUUUAUAUAACACCUGUGCCCGUCGUGACGUCAAGUUUUCUCAAAACAUGGAAUUAACAGAAAAGGAAGCGUUUUACAUUUAAUUCGAGUGAGAAUUAUCCUCAAGACGGGACGCUGAAUCCCACCUUAUUUUCUUUUCAGGAGUAGAUUUAUCUCUGUUUAAACUCCUUGAUCCCAUCGAUCUAUUUAGAACGAACGGCAAGUUGUAUCUACCUAAAAGCUGGGAUGGACGACCUUCAUACCACAUUGAAGUCUUGUUUCUAACUCCAGUUAUCUGACAGUAAGUCACCCUGGGUGACAUUUUCUUGUUACAGCGUCUCUCUGUAAACAGAGCCAAAAAGGUGACACGCUUAAUCUUAGAAACUGGAGUAAAAAUCAAAGGACGCCGAGGGUAGAAUUUUGUAUAAGCUUUAAGAGGCAUCAGACACAUCAAGGCGACGUUAAAUUUAAGACAUUAAAAAGGGCAUUUCAGAGAAGGGAAUAAGAUCUGACCACCCAUGUAAAACAAUGAAUCUUCCUGAAAUCAUAUGCAAUCGACGAAAAUUCGCAGACGACAGAUUGAUCAAUUUGAAAGCAGAACAAGUAUGUCCUGGGAGAUCCUUAGAGAAGCGACUCAAGGCCAUAGAACUUGAUCGAAUAAGAGUCAAAGUGAAAUUAGACCGAGAAACCGACGAACUUCGCCUUGCGUUGUUAAACCUGAGCCGGACGAAAAAACGACCGCGUACAACUGAGACGGAGAAUGAACAUUUUUCUGAAGAGUAUGGUUUCUACCACAGAAUAACACGUAGCAAAUGAAACAUAAUAUGUAAGUCAGAGAAAUUAGUCCAAAUCACUACCAGUUUUAAUGUAGAGUAUAUGAGACCAUUCCCAGACCCUAUCGUACUAACUUUAGAUCGAACUAUUUCCAAGGGGAUUUUCACUUAAUUGCAAUUAACUUAAGCGGCAUAGAUUUCUGGCACGCCCAUUGAAGCUGGUAGGGGGUAAUUAACUACCGGAGGCCAAGCAUGCAUGAAAGUUAAUUACCCCCUAGCUGAUUCGAAAGGCGUGACACACAUUUUAGCCGCAUAAGUUGAUAGCAAUUUAGCGUGAAUCCCCGUAGAGUAAGAACGAUCCUGUUGGAUUGAUCUAGGCAUGGGAACCCAGUCUAUGAUAUUCCUGUGAGUGAUCAUCUAUGUCACCCUUCCCGCAAAGAGGGUCCAAAGUCAGCGCAUAGACGGGAAUGUGCACUACUCAGCACUCAGGUGUGAAAACGCCCCACCGGAGGUGGAUCGAUCUGUUUAGAACGAUAGUUUCAUUGGGGAUGAGCCUUAAGUGUAUGAGUCGUUUUAAACCACUGUUCUGAAAGUUACAUUUAGUUAAAAAAUAUUAAGAAAAAAUGACCCUGAUAUUUUUGGAGAAAGCGAUCCUUCGUCUCUCCUUUUCUUUUCCAGAUGACCGACCGCACUCCGUAUCUCAGAGCACCUUGGAUUAUGAGCAAGGGAUACCGCCACCAGAGGGCAGUGUGGUGUCGCAGAGCAUUGUGGGAAACCUAAGCGCGAGAUACCAUCGGCCUUCCUACCGCGAGCUGCGACAGCGCGAGGCGUCGGCACGUGCACGCGUCAACCUGCUUAGUUACCAGAGACUCAUCACAGAUUUACGACAGAAGGAGGAACAGCGUAAAAUACGACAGGCUGAAUUCUUAAAGUCCAUGAACACCAUUGAAAGUUCUGUUCGCAUUAAGACGAAAGAGAGAGAACGGGCGCAGUCAGUGAGCUCUUUAAGCAAUACAUUUUCACUUCCUAUAAAAAACGCCACUGACAUCAGUUGUCCGAAAGAAACGCUUGCCGCGCAAUCUAUACAGAAUUAUCUUCUUAAGACACGUCAUACUGCUGAAUCUGCGCAUUCGCUGGAAGAACCGCCUCCUGUGACGUCAUUCACCUCGAUCAGUUCUUUGAGCGAUGGAUACAACAGAACACAAUCAGAGAAGAGAACACGACGCUUAUCAGUGGAUGAAAUUGAUCUUCCAAAAGGGAGAAUUUCACAGAGAAAUAGGCGAAAGUCGCUUCCUCACAGUUCACCGUGUAAUUCUGACGAGGAGGUAUGCGAAGUUCCAAAGACGGAAUCAGACACACGUCCAAUAAAAGCACGCAAAUCAAAGCGCACGUUUGUCCACGUCUUUGUUCCCCAGGGGAAUACAGACAAUGCCACAGACAAUUCACCAACAAAGUUGUCAUCAGACAAAACCAAUGCAAAACAUGCUUCACUUGAAAAGAAGGAUGGUGUCGAUUACGACAGUGAUAUCUGUAUCAACGACCCGGAUGAAGCGAAAGUGAAACCGGAAGUGAAACCAACAAAACGUGUCUCAUUUCGACUUGACAAGGUACAAAGAUGGGUAGAUGAAAUGCCUGAGGAGGCCACUGGUUUAGAGGCACGGGCAGUCUCAUCAGCGUCUUUUCAAAGCAGCUCCGCGCGACAGCGGAACCCAAACCCGCCUUCCGGCACUCACCCCACUCGCCCAACACUUAACAGGAGAGACAGCAGCGUCGGUUCAGUGGUUGAUGGACACUCGACCAAGGAACGCCAGCCUCUGUUUCUGGACUGUGACGACAUGACUGACACUGACUACGUGUGGGACGAGGUCCGGAAGUGCCGCUACAUCCGGGGCUACGACCCGCCGGAAAUGCAAAUCCCUGCCGACGCCGACUUGGAAAAGUUUGUCUUUGCCCCGAACGAGGCUAAUGAGGAUUUUGAUUCCACAGCAACAGAGGACAACAAUUCAGUUGGCAACGUUGAGGACUUCGAGAAAUAAAGCGAUGUAAACUGCAUCGAAUUAUCAUUAUAAGUAAAGUGUGGUUCUUAUAAACUGCACUCGUUUUGUGCAUCUCAGCAAUUAAAUUUCGUCAUAAAAUUAGAAACACUGGAGAAAAUGGUAUUACUGUUAUGUACAAGCUUCGUAACAAAUUACAUCAUUAUCUAUAUCAAUAAUUAUGAAUUCUUUUUCUAUCUGCAGCCAAUGCUUUUUAAACAACUUCAGUGACUUUUUA